CAGACGCAAUACCAAAAGAUUUAUGAUUAUAAACGUGUAAAAUAUAAAUUAAGACAAUUAAAAUGUGAGAAACUAAACAAAAAGUAAAGAAAUGCUAAAAUCCAAACCAAGCAAUUGAUGUUUUAGUGGGAUUUGGAUACAACUCUGGAAUCGGACAACUCCAUCAGCUGGACAAGUAACUUAGCCUUCUUUAGUGAACCCUGAUUGAAACAUUGCCAAAUGCAAAUUUGGAAUUUAGAGCAACGAUUUCAAACAAGGAAGGUUGGGACGCCUAUUAUCAAAUAGAUCGAGCUUUACUGAACAACAAGUCAACUAUUAUGGAGGAUGAAUAUUUCAAUGUGCCUUUACAGGAUGUGAAACGUGAGUUGAGGCGUGGUAUAGUCGAGUGCCAGAAACGCGGCUUGCUGCAUAGUGCCAAGUGGUUGGCCGAAAUGAACCAUGGUCUGGUCGACAUUGAAAUUGCGGACGAUGAUAAUAAAUGUGAUUUCACCAAAGUGCUUCUGGAAGGCAUAACACCGGAUGAAUAUGAUUGCUAUUAUUUGGCAAAGAGUUAUUUUGAUGUCAGAGAAUAUGAUAGGGCUGCUUACUUGGUGAGAAAUUGCGAAUCGUCUGUGCCUAGAUUUCUACACUACUAUGCAACAUAUAUGGGCUUGGAAAAGCGGCGUUUGGACUCGACCACAGAUCAAUCGAAUUUAAAUGAUUCUGGGCAUGUCAAAGAUUUAGCUGAGCUCUUAGCCACUCUCAGGUCUGCCUAUUCGCAUGGCAGGUUGGAUGGCUACGGCAUGUAUUUGUAUGGUGUCAUCUUGAAGGCCUUAAAUCUUAAUCAGGCCGCCCAACAAGUCUUGGUACAAUCUAUACGUUUGGCUCCUAUGCUGUGGGGCUCGUAUGUGGAACUUGCUCCCCUUAUUACCGAAAAGGAGAAGCUGCAGACAAUGCAUUUUGGUGGACAUUGGAUGAGACAUUUUUUUGUUGCCCACACUUACAUUGAAAUGUAUUUGAAUGACGAGGGUUUGAAGGCCUAUGAAGAGCUGCAGGCAGCUGGUUUUAGAAAAUGUGUCUAUGUGACAUCACAAAUGGCAUUGGCCUAUCAUAAUAAAAGGGAUGUCGACAAAGCCAUUGAAAUAUUCCAAGAUCUGCAAGAAGCAGAUCCCUAUCGCUUAGACAAUAUGGAUACAUAUUCGAAUUUAUUAUUCGUUAAGGAGCUAAAAACUGAAAUGGCCCAAUUGGCACACAAGGCAGUGGGUAUUAACAAAUAUCGCCCAGAAACCUGCUGUGUUAUUGGUAACUAUUACAGUAUACGAUGUGAUCAUCAAAUGGCCAUCAUGUAUUUCCAAAGGGCUUUAAAACUUAAUCCAAAGUAUUUGGCAGCCUGGACACUGAUGGGUCAUGAAUUUAUGGAAUUGAAGAAUACCAAUGCAGCUAUACAAAGUUAUCGCAAAGCUGUGGAGGUGAAUAAACGUGACUACAGAGCUUGGUAUGGCCUGGGACAAGCCUAUGAAAUCCUGAAAAUGCAUUACUAUAGUUUAUAUUAUUUCAAAAUUGCACACCAGCUAAGACCUUAUGACAGCCGCAUGCUGGUGGCUUUGGGCGAAACAUAUGAGAAAUUGGAAAAAUGUCAAAACGCCAUUAAAUGUUACAGCAAGGCUUGCGAUGUGGGUGAUAUAGAGGGUAUAGCCAUGUAUAAAAUGGCCAAUCUACAUGAGAAAUUGGGUGAUUUCGAUUUGGCUGUCAACUGUUACAUUUUGUAUUGUGACGAUGAACCAGCGGCAGCAGAUAAACAGAGUUUGUAUCAUGGCUACAUGACCUUGGCCAAUUAUUAUGAAAGCAAAGGGGAAUAUGAUCGAGCAUCACAUUAUGCCUACAAAUGUUUGGAAUCAGAUGAUCGGAAAUCCGAAGCCAAAUCAUUGCUUAAAACUAUUGAAAACAAACGCAGUGGGAAAGUAAUUAGCUUGGGUAAUUUACCUUCCUGUUCUACAGCCACUGUGGCCAACGCAGAUACCUCCUCAGAUGAUGAUAUGGAAAUGGAGUUAAGUGAUUACAAAUUAUCACCCAAUGCGCCUUUUCUAGUGGGAGAUCGCGGCUUGGUGGCAGCCAGUUCCAGCAGUAUAAAAUCGAGUGCAAAUACUACAGCCAAUGAAAUGUUGAUAACAGCCUCCUCUAGUGUAACAAAUAAAUCGCCUCUGGAGACCUUACACUCAUUAGGCUCACAAAAGUUCUCCUCUUCUGUGACCACAGAUGAGAUGUCUUUAAGUGAAAGUGAUGUUACAACAAAUACCUCAUUGCCUGCCACCAGUUCGAAUCCCUCAUUACCACGACGUACCUCUAGCUCAGGCACACAGCCGGCGUUGGCAAUACCAAAUAUUGGCGAACAGGAUGAGGAUACGCAAUCAAUGGAAAUGUCUUCCAUAUCAAUAGACUGAGUUCUCGCAACUGGAGUUCUAGUUGCCUGGGUGUAGACUAAGGUUCCUCAUUGCGCUGAUAGGAUUUAGUUUAUUUAAUGUUUUAUUUGUGUUAUAUGCUGUAGCACUCACUUUUCCCUUAAUUUAUGCUUAACAAAUUUAACCAUAUUGGUUUAUUUUGAUAUACUUUAAUUUAUGGAAAGGAAUAGUUUGUGUUUCUUUAAUAUUGGCAUACAUAUGUGUUAGAUAUGUCGUUGGUUGUAGACAGAAUAUUUUAUAAUAUGGUCUGUUUUUAAUAGCUGAAGAAUGCAUUUGAAAAAGAUAGGGUUAUUGAGAAUUCUUUGUUUUGAUCCAAAAGGAAAAGAUUGAUUAAAUGAUUUGUAUUUUGUACUUUGUGUCCAUUAUCCUUACUUCCUUAAAAUGAGCAAAUAUAACAAGAAAGUAUUAAAGAAGACCAACCAAAUAAUUGUACAUUUUUGAAAAGUAGUUUGGUUAUGUUUUAAGACAGAUUAAUGGGCAGGUCGUGCCCAUCUUUGGGCUAUUUCUACUCCACUCAAUUAAAAGCUGCCCACUGUGUGUGUCAUGUUAGAUGUAAAAUUCCAAAUUGCAAAUUUGCCCCUGAACAUUCCAUAAGGAACCGGCAAUAUCCUCUUUGUCCCUUGUCAGCUCAAAGCUAAGCUAAAAAUCAGGAUCCAUACCAAGUACUCAGCAAUUAAAGCAUUCGGUUUGAAAAUUCCCCAAGUGAAGCGCUGAAACGAUCCAGCUCAACCCCCGGCACAGGAUAACCACAAAGGUUGGAACUUAGAGUUAUAAUGAAAACCUCAGCUGAAAGCUACAGGGCGUAUCCACAGGUUGCGGAUAGGGGAAUGUUCCGUAUUUGUACGGAGUAACUGCAACUGCAACAGGACAACGGCGGUAUCAAGUCGAGGAUCUCAGUGAGAGGUCGGGCGGUACUUGCUCUUGCUUUGAUAUUGAAUGUCUAUCUGUUUGGGGCAUAGGGUGGAAAACAGUCCCAGAAGGCUUAAAACUAACAAUUUCCCUCGAGCUAUCUAAACCAUCUAGGUUCCGCUCUCGCAUUACUUCAAGGUUGAUCCCUGUGGGGCUCUUAGGCCAUACGCCUCAGUGUUCCUUCCUCCAGGUGCCCUCUUCAUCUACCAAUCGCUAUAUCAUCUGCAUUUUUUAAUGAGUGAGUUAUUAUAAGCCUACCGACAUCCGACUCAAAUAUGGCACAGUUAGGAAUUUAUUUAGAUAUAGCUGUCACCAGACAUGAACCAUUAGGGGAGUGGAAUGGAAAACAAUUAAGGAUUUUGUAAGUCGCACGGAAUUCCUAACAUAAAACUUUCUUUUUCGAGGUUACUUUUCAGUUUUAAGAGCGCACAAGUGGCAUGGGGCGGAUAAAUAUCUGCACCCUCUUUUCAACCUAACCUAAUCUUAUCCGAUUUCGCUGAAAUUUUAAACAGUUAGUUAUUUUAAGCCUCCCGACCCAAAAAUAGUUCAGAGUGGACAAGAUUAGAUGCCAUAUACACCGAUCUGCCGAUUAAAGGUCUUAAGCCCACAAAAGCUGCAUUUAUUAUCCAACUUGGCUGGAAUUUGAAACUCUGUUGUUCUAAGAAUCCCGACAUUCGAUCCAAAUAGGCCGAUUUGUCGAUUAAGGGUCUUAGCCCUUAAAAGCUGCUUUUAAUAACCGAUUUCGCUGGUAUAUGAAACAGUGAGUUGUUUAAAGCCUUCCGUCAUACCAAUCUAAUACGGUCCUGAUCGGACUGCAGUAUAGACGGAUCUGCCGAUAUAGUGUCAAAAUCCUGUAAAAGUCGAAUUUGUUAUCCUAUUUCACAGUAAUUUGACACAGUGACUUGUAUUAAGGCUCGGGUCAUCCUACCAGCAUAUGGUACAGAACACAUACAUAUAUAUAUAGAUAUAGCUGCCAUAUAGACCGAUCUUACAAUUUAGGGUCUGAAUCCCAUAAAAGUUGAUUUUAUCCAUAAGAGUUCUCGGGACCUGAAUCAAAUAUCAAAUGAUAUUACGGGAACACCGAGUUCAGAUGCUGGUAAGAUCGAACUUUUAGGGCGGCCGUCCCCUGUACCAAUAGCAGAGCUUUAGCCCUGCACCUGUAGGGAUUUACCCCAAAUUUCGCUUUCAUAUAGGAGAAUACUAUUGCAGACCUGCAAUGUUUGCCGUGAAUAGGUCUAAUUGAGACGGUAUCUUCGCCGCUUUUUUGUUCUGCGAUUGGUCUGUAAGGUAUUUCACGUACCUUCUCGAACCGCAUAAAUAUCCCUGUGGGGAUGUGGUUCCUCAUAACCAGGAGUAGUUAAGUAUUUUGCAUUGCCAGCUGUAGCCCGUGAGAUUCUAACUUAAGUCUAAUUUUGAUCCCGACCUGAUGGGGGAACAGUUCCACCUACAUCUAGUUUCGUUUUUUUCACAGGCAUAAAAAAUAUCACUGGUGGACUUACCACUUAGGGAUGACAUAGUGUCUCUUCAAGAUCUUGAGUAAGUGGUUCAAUGUUACAAAAGAGAGUCUUGGGUUCAAACAUCGUAUCAACGUCAUUUACAACGACAUAUUAGCACAGCUUGCACACAUUUGCCAAAUGAUUGUUGUUCUCAGAGUUCAUGUGAGGUUCAUAGUAUGUAAAGAUAACUUUUUUUGAAAUAUUAUACUUUCUACAUGAAGCUUACAUUUUGAUAUCUUGAAGCACUGCUACUGCGAAACCUAUGAAACACUAUUAACUACUUACUAAAUUUCCUGAAUAUCUUCACUAAGGAACAGGGAAUCCUUUUCUCAUAUCAAUGAGUACAGUCCGUAUAAUGUUUAAGUUCAAUCAUAAGGGACCUCCUUUUUAUUGCCGAGUCCGAAUGGCGUGCUGCAUAGCGACACCACUAGAGAAGUUUUAAUAUGGCAGGAUACCUCAUAAAUGAAGCCAGCAAUAGUAAGGGGAAACAAACACUGCAAAUUUAUCUGAUGUUUACACCGGGUUUGAACUCAGGCGUUCGGCUUCAUAGACGGACGUGGCAACCUCGGCGCUGCGGUGGCCUCUGACUUAUAACCUAUGAAACACAGUUUUUUUCAACACACUAAAGAGCCUUUUUUAUGCGUAUCCAUAGGCUGAAUAAAAGCAAAACCAUUAGCACUAAGAUCCAUAUGGACAAGGCCAACACAUCCUGGCCGUACAAGUCUCCAUUCAUUCCGAAAUCAGUGAGAAAUUUCUUAGGAUGGCGAUAAUAGCAGAAAUCAAUGCUACAUUUCAUAUCUGGACGA